GCUUGGAUGCGGUCGCCGCCGUUGAGCUGUCACUCUCCGGUGACCCGAGGACUCUGGAGGCUGGUUUUGUUGUUGCUCUGACGUCAGCGCGAGCUACAAUGGAGCUGACAACAUGGGUAUAAAAGCCGGUUUGAAGGCUCGCGCUCUGGUGCUCAAGCUGCUCUGCACCGAGUUUAACAUCAGGCUGCCGCACGAGGGAGGGCUGAAGGGAUCAAGAUGCACUUUCUGAGCUUCACACACAUCGUUUUCAUACAGCUGGCUCUCCCCGCUGUACUGCAUGGUGCCAAAUGGACAUACAGUGGGCCAGAAGGAGAGCACCACUGGCCCAAGCACUAUCCAUAUUGUGGCGGAUCUUUCCAGUCUCCAAUAGACAUCAAGUCAGAGCUGCUAAGGUUCGACCCGACUUUGCGCCCAAUUGAGAUUCAAAACUACAACCUGUCGCCCACGGAGCAGCUUACACUUGGAAAUAAUGGACACUCAGUGCAAAUAUCACUGCCCUCUAAGAUGUACAUCUCCAGCCUGCCUCAUCGUUACACUGCUGCUCAACUUCAUUUCCACUGGGGCUCCUCCAGCAGGCCUGCAGGCUCUGAACACAUGGUGAACAGUAGGCAGUACGCAGCAGAGAUGCAUGUAGUGCACUUCAAUUCGGACAAGUAUCCCAAUAUGUCCAUGGCUGUAGACAAAUCUGACGGCCUGGCUGUGCUGGGUGUCCUGAUUGAGGUUGGAGAGUUCAAUCCAGCCUUUGAACACUUUCUGAGGUUCAUCAAUGGUAUUAAAUACAGAGAUCAGAGAGUGCAGGUGCCCGGUUUCAACAUCAGAGCACUGCUGCCUGCCCGUUUGGAUGAGUAUUUCCGCUACGACGGGUCACUGACGACUCCUCCGUGCUAUCCCAGUGUCCUGUGGACAUUGUUCAGGAAUCAUGUCACAAUAUCUCGCAAACAGUUUCUGGCCCUGUCAACAACCCUUUACUCCACCCAUGCCCAGGACUCAGCCCCCAUGCCUCUGAAUGGCAACUUCAGGAAGCUGCAGCUCACUGACAGCAGAGUUGUGCUGGUAUCUUUUAAGGAGGGCAGAGGACUGCAAGGUACUCUCACAGUCACAUCUCCACUCACAAGGAAGCAAAUCGUUCAGCAGCUGCUGGUCGGUGACCUAGCAGACCUGGCUGAUGAAGGGCUCUAUAAACUUCUACCAAGUGGUUCGGAGAAGCUCCAUGCUGGCAAGAAGAAAGACCUCAAGAACCAGCAGACUGUGGCCAAAUCCAAACAACAAAUGCUGAGUCCAUCCCUGUGGAAGAAGAGCCAGACCAACCGCUCUGUGGGAAAGUUAUGGCUGGCUGAAGACGCGCUGUGCUAUGUCUCACUGGAGCACAGAGUUUUCCAUCAGCUCAAACAGUCUCACGCUGAGAACCAGCUGGUGCAGGCUCUCAGAGAUGUAACUUUCCCUGAGCUCAACCUCAAGAGCUACCUGGACUGUAAGUCAGACUUAGCCCUUCCCACCAUCAGACAUCUUCUCCGUGGACGGCCAACUGAUGAGGCUUUCGAGUUAGAUCGCUCCCUGACAAAAGCCUUAAUGAAUAAGAAGCACAUCACCCCAGCAAUUAAGAAGAGUGUGCCAGUAACAAACUAUGGCGGUUUCUCCCCUGCUACUGUUUCUAGGAAACCACACAGCCAGGGUUAUCCACAUCCUUGGCUUCUGCCAAUGGAGUGGGAAGACUAGAGAGAUUCCUGACAUUGUUGCGACUCACAUUAUGUCACUUUCUGUAGCAGAUCAGUCGUGGGUCCCACAAUGAAAGACUAAUUUUAAAGCCAGGCCCUGCAUUCCGUGACCAGUCUUUCUCACAAAUGUAUUUAACAUUAAAUUAUUUUUUUCCAGCGCAGUGCCUGUUCAAGACGCGCCUUUUCAGAACGGGCCGAUUGCUUAGCCUCAAGUAUUGCAACUUACAGCUUUCUCGAGAACCAAUCAUCCAAACAACUUCACACGUGGCACUGCCAUUUCUCCUGAACAAUACACCUGCC